CACAUAUACAUGCACGUCCCAGGGUGAAAAAGCGAGUGUGCAAGGCGUGAGAAAGGAGAACCAGGUGAAAGGACCGGAGGAUUUCUCUCCGUCUCCCCGCACACGAACCAGCUGCAGCACAUCCUGAGAUAUUCCUGGUCCAUUUUGCCAGAGCCUCUUGUUCUGGGGAAGAAGAAGGAAUGGUGACUGCAAAGAUUUAGCAGAAAAAAAGCUCACCAGAUACGGAACAAACUUUUGCUAAAACAGUUGAAGAUGUCGGUCGUUGCUCCUUCGGAAGAUUUGGCGAUGGUGCCCCUGGGGAAGGACUCGUCCCCUGCUGCCCAGUUGGCCCAGCCUCACACCCAGGAGCCGAGUUCGGACGAUGCCAAGGCAACUUUGCCCUGGGACCGAGCCCAACACGAUGCAGCGGGCGAGAUGCCCGAGGUUUUGGAGAUGGACGCCCGGCCGAGCCCGGAAGGGAGCAUGAAGGCAGCUGCGUUGGGCUCUGCCAUGGACCAUCAAGCUUUCCUGAAACCUCUGGAGGACGAUGGGUGCAGUGGGAUGCCCGCCAUGGCAACCCACGCCUUCAUCCCCAUCGACCCCCUCUGCAUCGAACGCCGUCCCAGGAGCCACAAGAAGCAACCGUGGCAGCUAGGAAUGCCACCACAGGACAGGGCACUGUGCCAGGAGGAGAAGUGUGACCUCGAGCAGCAGACCUUCCUCGGCCGAGGCUGCUCGGACUCUUUGCAUGACCUCCCCGAUCCUGCUGUGGAGCCGUCACAGACCCAUUGUUGCCAGACGAAGGGGUGCUGCAACUCGGCCAACCUCAAAGCCGUGGCCUCCAUGACUACCGCCCUGAUCAUCUUCCCGGUCUUGAUCUACAGUGCCUAUGUCUUCCUGCCCUUCGACGUGCCUGUCAUGGAGAGCAUGAGUGCCCGGCUGGUGUACACGCUGCGUUGUGGGGCGUUCGCCACCUUCCCCAUCAUUUUAGGGAUGAUGGUUUACGGAGUGUCUCGCCUUUGUGCCUCCUCCCUGCAGCCUUUUGAGGAGCUCACCAGGGAGGUGGAGAUCCAUCGGCAUUUUGUCUCGCAGUCGGUCGACCUCUUCAUUCUUUAUUUCUUCAACAUCGCUGUCCUUUCCACCUACCUGCCCCAGGAAGGGCUCAAGGUGAUCCCACUCCUGACGGCCCUUUUUGCCAUCUCACGGCUUCUCUACUGGCUGGCGUACGCCAUGGGCCGCUCGUUCCGAGGCUUCGGAUUUGGCCUGACCUUCCUCCCCCUGGUUGCCAUGUUGGUCUUCAACCUCUACAGCAUGUUUCUGCUGGACACGGAGAACAUGUUUGCCGUGAGGAGUGCCAAGUCCCCGCUGCAAAAGGAGGAACUGGACGUCUCCAGGUCCUGGUACUGGGGGUGAAGCCGGGCAGAGCCUCAAAGCCAAGGAAUCUCCCAGUCUUCUCUUUCUGAACUGCUGCGAGGCUCGUUUCCAUCCUUGGCUGACUGUAGACUUGGGGGGAGCCCUCGAGGCCACUAGUCUCACCCCGCCUCUGUCCAAACCAGUGUGAAAGCAUCCCAGUGGAGAAGACUGGCCAACCUCAGAACUCCUUGGAGAGAAGCCCCAUCUCUGCUCCGCACCACUGGAUCUUCGGCCACCUUAUUUAGAAGUCCUUUCUGACCUUCAUUUGGGUGCCUUCCUACCUCUUGAAGCCAUCCUCUGUUCUUGGAAGGGAAGAACCCGUGUGAUCCUUCUUUUUACAGAUUACAGUUGGAAGGGACCUUGUAGGUCAUCUAGUCCAACCCCCUUCUCCCCAAGCAGGAGUUCCUACACCAUUUCUAACAGAUGGCAGUC